AUGAAAUAUAUAUGCGAAACUAAACCAACAAAAAUUCUAAUUAAAAAUGCUUACAAAAUAAACAAGAAAUUAUCCGGUGCAAUUAAAGGGCUAGGUGGGAAAUCAAUAAACGCUUAGCAAAUUGGCGAGCCAAUUUUAGCUUUAUACUUUAUCCCCACCAACUGGGUCUCAUUCGCACUCUUGUUGAUAGAGCCUACAAGAUCAACAACACAUGGUUGGGUUUCCACGAGGACAUCAAGAAACUCACUUAAAUCCUUAAAAAAUAUCUUUUUCCAGCCCAUCUGGUUGAAAGUGUUGUCAAUCGGUACCUCACGCUCACCCCUAAGGAGUGCAAUCCCCUGGUCUCCGUUUCAAACACUAGCACUAAUUUUUAUUUUAAAUUACUUUACAUUGGCCCUUUUUCUGCUGUCACGCAAAAAAGGGUUCGCCAAUUUGCUAAGCGUCGCUAAUACGUUUGGAGUGCUUGCGCGUACUUGAGCACUUGCUCAGUGAUAAUACCUCUCACAUUUUCAGACAUCUACACAAUUCUCCACAAUGUCGCGCUCUUUGUUCUGAUGAGUGUUUUAACAUCCUAGAUCACGUCUCCACAACUUUUCAACUUAAGAUUAAAGAAGCUAUCCACAUUCAAUGGGAGAAACCUACACUUAAUCAUCAACUUUAUCAU